AUGCCUAACAGUUAUUCUGAUAAUUAUUACAUUCAUAAUAUGAAAUCAGUUGCAAAUGAAUCAUAUUGUACAAUACGAGAAUAUAAUGGUUCAAAAUUUGACAAUUUCACUUCAGAAAAGGCUCUGGAAAAGCAUAAUCCAUAUUGUGGACGAAAUUUUAGAAAAUCAGCUAAAGUCGAAUGUAACUUUCAUGGUCAUGACCUACUUUCGUGGUUUUCGUGUGAUAUUAAGGGAAAAAAACUUAUAUUGAAACGACUCAAACAAUUCAAACAUGCAAUAAAUGCCGAAAAUUUCAAUUAUUUAAUAGUAAAAUUUAUUGAUGGAUAUACAAUAAAUUAUAAAAAACUAUAUACAGUUCUGGUUAUAAGUCCAAUCGAACCUAUUCAAGGUCAAAUAGAAAAUAAACCUACUUUUUCACAUUUUCAACAUGGCUUGGUAGAUGAAAUUUCCAUACAAAUUUUCCAAUAUGUAGAAUCUCCUUUGAAUUUAAUGUUAACAUGUAGACAUUGGUAUAAAAUUUCGAUCGAUCAGCAAGCGAGGGCAAAAUGGAUUAUUUAUAAAUAUGGGCAUGCACAUGCACUUUUCUAUGCGAUUAAAUUUGGUCAAAAUUUUAUCAAUCUAGCUGUUGUUAGAGCUAUAAUCGCUAACAAAGCUAUAAUAUCCAGGUAUUUUGUUCAACGUCUUCUUUUACAUUUCGGAAAAUUCGAUAAAGAUCUUGUUGCAUUAAAAAUGGAAUACAAUAACAAUUCUGGACGUGCAAAUAAUAAUUCAUUUCAACAAAAUAUACCUUGGGCCAAUGACUUGGGAACCACUGUUUUUUUAUAUAUAUUGAGGGUGGCCGCAGAACAAUUUGGCGAAUCACGACUUCCACUGAAGGGAAAUGACAUGGAAUUAUUUCACUUUUUAUCCGCUGGUCCAUAUGCUCUUAAAGAAGCUAAAGCCAUUAUGAUGAAGAAUUUGGAUCAGAUUGGAUAUCACAGUAUUUGUAAAGAUAUUAAUGGAUUGGUAAUGCAAGGUGCUAUUAUUAUGCUUUUUUCUCCAGCAUCUACAGCUAACUGGGCACCACCAAACCCUGAGGAAGUAGUUAACCGACUUUCGGAAUUGAUAAAGUUUGGAUUCGAAUUGAAUUAUACAGUUAUUGUAGAAAUAUUGUUUAUUGAAAGACAAUUGGUUGAGAUUGGAAAUACAAUGAUAAAGGCAUUUUUACAAAUAUUGAAUGAAUCACUGGAAGAAUUAUUACAUAAAUGUUUAAUUGAAUUAUUUCGAACAUUUCGAUUGGACAAAAGGCUAAAAAAGACUGAUGUUCUAGAUUUCCUGUAUUCAUUGAUUGAGAAAGAUCAUGAAAAAGUUUUUUUUAAAGCCAUGAACUUUGAUCUUGAAAAUAGAUCUGAUGAUAAUAAUAACAGUCUACUUGCACCUUUAAAAUUCCCGGCAUUUUAUUAUUGCUGGAUAUUAAAUAAGUUUGGUGCAGAUGCUGAAAUUACAGAUUCGUGUUUUGAAGACAUUUUGAUGAAAAGAGUCAAUGUUGAUGUUUUCAUUCAACAACGUAAUCAGCGAAAGUAUAUUUUAAGUGAACAACUUGAACAUAAUUUCAAAGAAAUAAAAGAUGCAUUUAAAAACUAUUUUAGUACUAUAAAGUUCUUUAAACCAUCGCACUUGAAAAUUAUCAAACAAGCUACUCAUGUCGAAAUAAUUGAUGGUUUAAGAAAAUAUUUGACUAAAUUAUUUAUGCAACAAUCGCAAGUUUCUGCCAAUUGUUCAGAUAACAUGGACAUUGACAAUAUUUCAACAUUUACUCAAAAACGAAAGCGGUAUGAUCUAGAGUUGAAUGAUUGGUAUAAUGAAAUUAUAAAAUUACAUGAUGAUUUAAAUAGUUUUUCAAUGUCGGGUGAAUUCAGUGAAUUUUUAAAGAACAUUUUGGAAUUAAUUAAUGGCUCGAACUUUACUUUAAGUCGUGAUGUGGACGAAAUUGAUCAUCAGAGAGAAUCCAAAAGGCACAAGAGAAAAAAAUAG